GUUUGGAGAGACGGGCAGUGGCGAGUGCACGGGAAAAUCCGGUCUGUUCGCGUUCUUUUGCACGGGGAUUUUUAAGGUUGUUCACCGAUUCAUCGAUUCACCGAUUGCCACGUGACUGGUUGACCAUACAAAGAGUGUUGCACGGUCAGUUUCUCGGAGCCUAUAAAAGUAAACGCGGAAGAUCCAACGCGACCAGUAAAUGUUCGAUCUUGACGCGGAAGAGGAAGGCAUAGAGAGACAAAGGAAGACGAUUUACGGAUAAAAUGUGGUUGUUUUACGUGAUUUUUGUUACUGCAUUGAGUGGGAGGAUGAUCACACAUGCACAGUUCCCUUUUGACGAUGACGCUUCUUUAUCGAGAGAUAAUUUUUUCGAGGUGGACGGAUUCGUUUUCGACGGACCGGCGGACAGACCGUCUUCAAAUGGAGUAACGACUUCCAGUUUGAGAAGCAGCACCCCAACACCGACGACCACGACUCCGAGGACACCGACGACGACGGUGACUGCUUCUCCUUUGGUGGAUGCUCUAUUCGAUGCUUGCGUUGCGAGGUGUCCGGCGACACCGGAGUAUAAUCCCGUUUGCGGAUCGGACAACGUCGACUAUGAUAAUCCAGGACGAUUAAGUUGCGCAGCGACGUGUGGUAAAGAUAUUACGCUAAAAUAUUACGGGAAAUGCGCGACUACGAAGAUCAGAGGAGGAUAAGAUGGGAAGGAGAGGGACGCGUUUGUUCGCGUUGGCUCGACUGCGUAGUUUCGAGCAAAAAGACUGCAUUAGCGUCAAAAAAUGGGGCAACGAUUUAAUCGAAAGACGAGGAGGAAGCACGGUGGUCGGCCCAUCUGACUCUCCGCGUGAUUUCAAAGUUUCCUCCGUGGAUGCCGUACAAGUGUCUGGCCAGCACGUUGGCUCUCUCCUCUUCCGCUCGUAUGGCCGUCCGUCUGUAUUGAGCGACCGUCAACAGACAGCCGACUAUUAACGCGAUCUGUAUGAUCAGCCAGAAUAUCAACAGGCUCAGAGCGAGGCUAGGGUCCACGCAAAAGAGUCCAUCCACCGAGUCUGAGAAUACAGAAGGGUAUUAGAUGGUGCAAAAGGUUAACUUCGAACGAGAGUAACACUUACUUUCACCGGUGAUCAGCACGGUAUCAGGGGAUGCGCUGGGUCUCGUCGAAGACAAACGAUCCGGCGAAGACGCGACAGGAUUUUGCACGAUUAUAGAGAGCUGCAGCGGCAGUUCUUCGAGAGUUUCCUCUCGCGGUUCGUCGGCUCGUUUUCUUCUACCGUAGGAAAUUUGAUCGCCUUUGCAGAUGGUCUGUAACGCGUGAAAUAAUCGAUCAGCGAGUUCGUCGGAGAGAGGAGGGAAUCGACUCACCGGCGUACAUUUUUCCAAACAGAAUCGAACGAUCACGUUGAAUCGAACUAGUUGACUAUCGGGGAACUUGAAGGCGGCGAAGGUCGAGAUCAAGGAGCGGCCGUCGAGCGGAUCUUUCGUCAAGGCUGGGAAGGUGGUAGGGUCGGUGGGGCAACCGAGUUCGUUCAACAGCAAGUAGGAAGCGUCGCCGGAAGCGCUGCUCGCUACAAGGUGACCGGCGGUGAUGUCGUAGGCGUCUUUACCGUGAGAAAGGGAGUCAGAGUUAUUCGAAAUUUAGGAUUGCGAUAUUCGUGGGCGAAAAGGUAUACCGUUCGGUGGAUCAAGUUGAAUUCUCAGCGUCAAUUUCUGUCCCAAGUGCGUGACGACCGCGUCCCUCGAGUUUUCGUCCAGAAUCCUCAUGGUGACCAUCGGCGCUUGGGACGAGGCGUUCACGACGGUCGAGGAUAUGGGUGGUACUCCUGCGCUAAACACACGGAAUUCGAGCGAACGAUACGCGGCUAAAUCUAAAAGCUGAGAAUGGAUGCUCACUUCGGGUCGAGAAAGCUGAAGCUCGAGUGGACGGUAACGUUGCGCGGAAUCGGGGGUUCUUGAUCGUUCAACGAGCAUCCAACCUUGACCGCUUGAUCCCCCAAACGUUGAACGAUCGGGUUGAACUGCACCACGAUCGUUGUCCAGACCAGGGGUCGUGUCCUGCGUUCCAAUUCCCUUUAUUUUUACUCGAUUCUUUGUCGUUUGUCAACGAUGUCUCUUACCGAUUUCGAUCGUCGACGGAGAAGGCUAAGUUCAGACCGCAUUGAAUUCCGUUACCGUCGCGUAGUCGAUCGACGGACGGUAUCGGCAAGACCAACAACGUGCGAUUACCGCCUCCGCCUUGAACACCACAGUCGUCCGCGUGACCAAUCGGGUAGAUCCGACCGAAAAAUCGGUCGUUGGUUCUCAGCUCGAUCGUGAUCGUCAACUGGUCGCAUCGUACCCUCACUGAAAGAUUAAACGGUUUCCCGUGGUUUCGCGCGGCGAUCUCGAUCGCGAUACUUACGGUCCAGACACGGUUCCCGUUCCCUGUAGAUCACGUUCGACGCGACGAUCAGCGAGCUAACUCCGAGACCGUUCGUGUCCUCCGAGUGCAACAGGCAUACCGGUUCCCCGGACGAGUUGUCCAUCGUGUAUCCGCGGCAGAUGAAACCGUCCACGCUCCGGUCGCACCUCUGUCGGCACUGCAUCGGAAUCCAUCGAUCGUCGAUCGGUAUCGAAAGAAAAUGGAAUCGCAACCCUUUACCUGAUUCUCGUUAAGAUCGAGCAGCGCGAGGUCCGAGUAGGGUAAGGAGGCGUUUGGAAAUUCCGCGUAGGAGCAAUAUUCUUGUCUCGCUGUAACACGAAACGCUGGCGAUUCUUUUGCAAAGCGAUCGAGCUUUUUCCGGGUUACUCACAGAGGUUACGGCAUUGAUCCCAAAGAUAUUCGUCUCUGUACAUGGAGGCUCUGUAAGCACGAGGUUUGAUCCCCCGUUCGAGCAACGAUAGGGAACAUUGGCCGAUCGCGUUAUCGGACGAGAGCGGCUUGGUCGUUCGGAAUUGCGCCGAUUGACAGCUUCUUCCUGCGAACGAUUCGAGGCUGAAAUGGUUUUAGGAUCUUAAAGAUCGCGCGCUUACCUGUCUCCACGCAUUUUUCGUAACACUGGUUUCUGGUGAUGGGUUGAGGCAAGUGAAAGGCUCCGGAGUCGAUCAACACCGCUCCCGGGCUUCUCUCGACUUGCCAAAAUCUGUCUCGUUUGCAACUCUGUGGAACUAGCCGAGAGCAAAUCCGUUUCGAUGAAUGGCUUUUGGAAGCGGUGGGAGCGUAUUCUCACCUUUCACGCAGACUCGCUGGUAGAAGGUCGAAUUCGCUUCCGGUAUCAGCUCGUCGUCCUCCGUUCGAACGCUGUAACAAACGCUUCGGCCGAAAUCUACGACGAACGCGGUGCAGUUUACGCGGUCGCACCUGAAACCGAACGAAAUUUUGCCGAUUUUCUUUUCCCUUCCGUUUACUGAACAAUGUUCUGGCUUUUCGCCUACCUCUCGAAACAGGGUUUCGUUAUUCCCUUUGAGUUUACGGCGCUGUACAGAAUCGUUUGUGAGCUUAUGGACUCCGGUUUGACGCUGCCGAUUUUCUCCCAGCCGGUGUCGGAACAAUUUCCCCGCGUUUCUGCAACGCAACGAUCGAUCAACGGUUAGCGAUCGGUGUUUCCAACGAUCAAUCGAGCCUCGACGCUUACCGAUUUUCGUCACGAAUCCGCAAACCGCGAUCGUUACGAGGAGAAGAGCGAGCAUCGUCGCGUUCGACGCUCGUUUCCGGCCGCGUACCCGUCCGAGCCUCGAGUAUCGAGCACGGUGCCAAGGAUAUUUGCGAUCGUUCGCUCGCGCGUCCUAGUUCCCGGCUGGUCGAACACCGGCUCGAGCUUACGUAACCGCGUUUCGCGCCUCGUUACGUCGUUGAUUCGACAGAAACGCUUGUUAGAUAGUUAAAUCGAUGCGCCUGUCGCGAGAGGAAAGCUGAUAGAAAAAUAGAGAUAACAACUUGGAGGAAAAUGCGAUAGCUAGUUUCUUCGGUCGAUUAGCUUUUCGUUUACAAAAACGACGCGCGUCGUCGCGGAAAAUCGUCAAGGCCGAACGAUUCUUGAAACGUGAUCGUGAUUACAAUCGUUGUCGAGAAGGAGGAAAAUGUAGAAUCGGUGGACGAUAUCGCGAGGAAUGGAAUAAGAAAACGGUCAAGGGUCGUUUGUAAGCACGGCGGACAACGCAGAGAGCGACGCGAAAAAAAAACGUGCGCGCGAGUUGCGAAUUCGCGAGCAACUGACGCGUCGGGAAACGCGAACAAAAGUAUGCUCGUACACCUGUAUGCACCUGAAAAAAAAAAACGGAUAGCAACGAUCGCUUACGCGGACGCGCGAUGGCUCGGGAAUAAUCGCGCGAUGGUGCAACUGGUACCGGGCUCGAUGGAUGCCGCAUGGAUUUCGUCAAUUCUCGUCGAAGGCAAAAGCGAAUGAUAAAACUGUAAAGCGUGGUCGGAUCAUGAAAACGUUUACGACGGGCGCGGCCGGAGUUGAUAAAUUAUAAUGGUUAACACGAGACGCGGUAAGCGUGACGCGCGACGUCGCGAUGCAUCGACGCGUUCGUCCCGCUUCGGCGAAUAUUUCCGGCCGCAGCGGCCGCACGACGUUAUCGUCGUAGCUGCUCAGUCUUCGAUCGCCUCGCGUCCGUUCGAUUCGACGGAUAAACAGUUAGCAGGGGUAACAAUUACGAACACGAUAACGAUGCGAAUAGACAAGCGCGAUGACGCGAUAUUCUCCUCGUUCCUCGAUUAGUGCUGUCCUUCGACUUACGUAAGCACCGUUUUACGCACGGUUGGAGGCGUGUACAAGCAGAACAGGCCGAGAAAUUCGUUGAACGACGAACAAAAGAAAUCGCGAAACGUCCUACAUCGUUUUCGCAAACGGCCCGUGCAAUUCGUCCCCUGAUAAUUUUCACCCGCAUCGCGGUAAAUCCUGACGAUUUCUCUUUCUUCUAUCUCCAUGUUUAUUCUUCUUUGCUUUUCCUUUGCGAAACCGUGGGAAACAGCACGGACGAUUCGUCGAUAGAUAACGAGUUAAUAAU